GAGCCUUUCAAUUUGAGUAGCAUUAAGUUAUAUUCUGCGACAUGAUUUUUAACCAAGUAGGAAUACUUCUUCAAACACUGGCCUUUGUUGAUGUUUGUUGCCAACUCCCUUUCCCUACGCCACUGGACUGUAGCUACAUUACGCACGAACCUUGCCUACUGUACGGACCUGGCGUGACCUGUGGUAGUGACGGAAAGGAUUAUAUUAACAGCUGUCGACUGGCCCAGGCGAUGUGUUUGAAUCCCUUCAUUACAUUAAUAGGCGAUGGAAGAUGUGCUGACAUUGGCUACACAAGGCCAUCAAUUACAAAUCGACCUACAACACAGAGUAACACUGAAAUAACAACAUCACACAGAACAAGUUUUACCACUCUACCUACAUCAGGACUUACAAGCAGUGAUCCUCUUGGAGUUAUUUGUAGCACUAUAGGCAAUGUUCGUUGUGCCAAUGACAUUGAACCUGUAUGUGGCUCAGAUGAAAGAACCUACAUUAACAAUUGCGAGUUCCAUAAAGAAGUUUGCCAGAAACAUGACCUGACAGUGAAACACAUUGGGUUUUGUUAAUAACAAAAUGUUAAAUAUGAUAAAUGACAUGAAGUAUGGCUUAAACAUAUGCUAUCCUCGGUAUAUAGAAUAUAUUACAUAUGUAUAAAAUC